AUGACUGCCGUUGAUGCAGAACAAGCCAUGACUAUAGUCGGGACGAUUGGAGGCUUCGCAAUCUCCCUAAGUCUUGUUCCACAAGUGUAUCUCACCUACAAGACGAAAUGUGCUGACGAUAUUUCGUACACGUAUCAGUUCAUUUACAUCUUUGGAACAGCACUUGUGAAUGCAUAUGCCAUAUACUUCAAGCUUUAUGCUGUCUACGUCCCAUGUUUAGUGGAAUUCAGUUUGAUUGUCACGCUGACAGUUAUGAAGGCCAUAUAUCCCGCAAGACAGGAUCUGAUUGACUGUUCCAGACACAGCAUUAAGAUGUCGAGUGCUUCAAAAGGCAGUGCGACGCCUACUAAUUUACAAAUUAUACAGCAGCUGAUUGCCGAUGAAGAACUCGCUGCGGUCGGUCACCAAGGUCAUCAUUUUGAUUCCAAGGAAUUUGAGAAGAAUAUGAUUCGGAAAUCAAUUACACUCAUGAAGCAAAUGGCCGUAAAAGGGCACCACGAUAUCGAGCACCACGACAUCGAAGCCCCUACAGAGAGGGCUCAGCUGUCGGAACUAGAUGAUUCUACUGAAAAGGCAGAAAAUUCAGCUGAUCAGAAGGAGGAGGUAUGA